AUGAGCCCAGAGCUGGGUGUAGCUGAUGACGAUGAGCAUGUUGAGCCCUACCUGUCUACCGACAGUGGCAGUGGCCCAGGCGAUACUCUCGGCCCUGAGAUGCCGGUAAACCUUCCAGAUAGCGAACCUGAGACAUGGCCAGAUGAGACAAUGGACCCCACAGACAAUGUCGAAACACAUGCUGAGCCUCUUACCGACUUGGUCCCUCCUAGUGGGUUCGGAGAUGUGGAUAGUCCCAGCUGUGACGAGGAUAUUGAGGAGAGGUUCUGGAAUGAGAACCCUCGUCCCCAAAGCCUUCCUCCAAUUAGAACAAUCUUCGAUGCCAUCCACUCACCCACCCAGUCUACCCAACAACAAAAGCCAACAAAAAUCUGGAAGGAAAUAACGGAGUUGCAUUUACCUCAAGAGACUGAAAAAAUAGUGAACGACAGCAAGACCAGAGACAAAGCAAGAUAUUACAAACAUAUUGCGAUCUUCUCUGAUGCACUACCAACAGUCAAUCGCCGGCGGCUGAUACACGGAGCAAUAAUCGAUGCCUAUGUUGAGAUGCUGAAAGACCUUACAGACGAAAAGCUGCGGGACAUACUCAAGACCACUCGUCCCCGUGUGAUUAUGUUUCCUACCCAGUGUGAAGGAAUGAGACAUUGUAUGGCAGUUCGCCUGUUGGAUCGAGCGACAAAGAAAGUCCGAACCGAUCUUUUCGAUGCAACCAGUUGGACGAUUCCGUGUUACUCAAGGAGGCGUGGUCACUGGCUGCUCGGUGUUGUCAACUUCGAACAACGAGAGCUGCGCUAUCUUGACAGCAUACCUCUACAACAAAGCGCCCAUAUCAAUCGCCAUGGUCCACAGUGGGUGUUUACAAUACUUCGAGGCCUAGUUAAUGCCAUCUGGUUGUUCAUUCACCCUGAUGAUGAGCAUGGAUACAACUGGUCCAAUUGGUCCACCAGAGUAAUCACUAUGGAACAGCGCCAAUGGAACGGGUAUGAUUGUGGGGUUUGGACCAUGGCUGACAUUCAAGCUGUACACAUCGGGCUCGAUGCUGCACCGAAAGACACGAACAUCGAUGAUUUUCGGGAUAGGGUGAAACACCAAAUCCUUUCUAUUCCUCUGUUAACACCGAGCUGGCAGCCUACCUGGAGAACCCUAAAUCCUGACCUUAUUUGCGAACUGCGGUGCCGAGCCGCUAAAGUGGCCGCAAACUUUCCCGUUGAUUAUGCCCAGCUUGGAAUUGAUCAUACGGACGUUCCUUUAGUGUUAGAUAAUGAACAGGAAAAAAUAGAUUUAACUGACUAG